AUGUCUAAGAGAACAAACGACGGCGAUGUCAUCGCAAACCGCAUAAGUCUGCUCGAGGCAAAAGGACAGAAGCUCUUGGCGUCGCUGUACGGAUCGCGCCCUGACUGGGACACCACAAAUGAUGCUACCCAGUCACGGGAUGAAGACGAUGACCAAGAUCUGAAACAAAACUAUGCUCACGACAGAAUCGGUCUUGGCGGUAUACUCCCUAAGGAUAUCGAAGAUGGCAGCUUUACCCGCAGGAUAGUUACCUCGGACGAUAAGCUUCUACAGCAGCUGAUCGGGAAAAAGAAGGCAAAAGCACAUAUUUCUGCAAAGCAGGAAGCUGCGAGACCCACUGCAGCAGCCAAAGCACAGCAGUACAAGAAGCAGGCUGCAAAGAAGGAAGAGUCGGAUGAUGACGACGAGGGGAGAGCCGCGACAUUCAAGUCCAAAAGGCAGGCAAAGAAAGAGAACCAACAAGCCAAGAAAGUCGACAGCGAUGACGAAGAUGAAGAGACGAGGGCAAAGAGGUUAGAAGGCGGCGCGGUGAAAGAAGAAGAGGGGACGUCGAAAGAAAAAGUAGUUAUGGAAGUUCAGGCGGACGCAAAACCUGUCAAGCGAGAGGUUGAUGACGAAGAAGCGGAAGCAGACGUGACGCAACCAGCUCCCAAGAAAGCGCGAACCAAACCAAAGAGUUUCCUUGACGAGAUCCUGGCCGAACGAUCGAAGAAGAAGAGCAAGAAAUCAAAGGCAUGA